AUGAGCAACGACGAAGAAUCAUCAACAAAAAAGAGUUGGAAGCAAUACUUUGCUUUUCUGAAAAACCCAAACUUUUACAAGGUUUUAUUCUUGGGCCAAUUGUUGUCUCUUUGUAUUACUGGUACAAAUGUAACAACAACCAUAUUGGGUAGUCAAUACGGAUUCAAUGCACCUACAACACAGACCUUUUUGGUUUAUGCCUGUUUGGCCAUUGUUUACAACAGUUAUGCGAUCUAUAAACGUGGUCUCAAAGGAUGGUUACUUCAGUUCUGGAGACGAGGCCACAUUUAUUUCAUUUUAGGAUUCAUUGAUGUGGAAGGAAACUACUUUGUUGUCAAAUCCUUUCAGUACACCUCGCUUUUAUCUGCCAUGUUGCUCGAUUGCUGGAGUACACCCGUCUGUAUGAUCCUUUCUUAUUUUUUCCUCAAAGUGAAAUACCGAUGGCUCCAAUUCCUCGGAGUCUUUAUUGCGCUUUGUGGUCUAGGCAUGUUGGUCGCAAGUGACGUGAUCACCGGCAAGAACUAUGGUGCUGUCAAUCCAGUCAAGGGCGAUCUCUUCUGCUUGCUUGGUGCGACACUUUAUGGCUUCUCUAAUGUCGGCGAGGAAUAUAUGGCUCGAAAGCACCCACUUUAUGAAGUCAUUGGCAUGUUCACUUUCUUUGCCACCUUUAUCAAUCUCGUUCAGAUCUUUAUCUUUGAACGCGAGGAGUGGGCAGCAUUUGCUGAUCAUCAGAUCACAGGCAUGGUUAUCACUUAUACCAUCUGUAUGUUCAUUCUCUACUCUUUGGCACCUGUCAUGUUCCGUCUCGGAAGCGCACUCUUAUACAACUUGUCUCUCUUGACCAGUGACUUUUAUGGUCUCAUCUUUGGGCUUGGCUUGUUCGGAUACAAGGUCACUGUGCUCUAUCCAUUUGCCUAUGUUGUCGUUAUCAUCGGUAUUGCCAUCUAUCACAUCUUCCCUGCACCCUUGCCUGCCAUUGGUGGUUUCACGCCUGAAUUGGCCGAGAGGGAAAGAAGGGAGUUAUUCCAUGGUAGACAGAAUGAUGAAGAACAACAAGGAGAGAAAACUCUAGACGAGCAGGUCGAUAUAGAAUCUAAAGCUUAG